CUCUUCUGCUCAUCUCACCCGUCGACUUUUGAAUAACGGCACCCUUGUAACUGAUUUGACGCCCCGACAACGGUUGGCAAAUAUCGACAUCACAUACUACGACAACGACGACAACGUCAUGAAGCUGGCAUCGCUGCUGCUAGGUUGCUCGUCGGCUCUACUGGCUGCCGGCUGCGGUGGGCAUGGAGGUGACAACAAGGAGUGGACCAAGGCCGAGCUGGACGAGUUGGAGGCGAAAUGGGGUUUCGAGGUGAGAUUCACGGGCAUCGGCUCCUUCGCCCACCUGAAGCACGCAAAGUGCCUGACGACGCCGUCCGAGUUGUACGACAUCGCCAUCAUCGGCGCGCCCUUUGACACGGCCGUCAGUUAUAGACCAGGCGCCCGCUUCGGGCCCCGGGCCAUCCGCCAGGCCUCAAGCAGGCAGACGUCGUUCCGCGGCUUCAACCCUCGCGCCAACGUCAACCCGUAUGCCAACUGGGCGACGAUCCUCGACUGUGGCGACAUCCCCGUGACGCCCAUGGACAACGUUGUCGCGCUCGAGCAGAUGUCGGCGGCGUUCAAGGAGCUCGGCGCGCGGAGGCCCAUGUCUUCGUCGCUGAGCCGGCCCAAGCUGAUCACGCUAGGCGGCGACCACAGCCUCGCGCUGCCGGCGCUGAGGGCGUUGAAGGAGGCCUACGGGGCACCGCUCCGUGUGUUGCACUUUGAUGCUCACCUCGAUACAUGGCACCCGGCCAAGUACCCGUCGUACUGGACCGCGACGCAGUUCAACCAUGGCUCCAUGUUCUGGAUGGCCGGCAACGAGGGCCUCCUCUCCAACACGUCGUCGCAGCCGUCGGUGCACGCAGGCCUGCGCACGCGGCUCUCGGGGACCGACUUCGCCGACCACGAGGACGACACGGCUCAGAACUGGGUGCGCAUCGCGGCAGACGACAUUGACGAGAUCGGCACGGCGGGGGUGGUCAAGGCCAUCAUGGACACGCUCGGUACCGAGGACCCCGUGUACCUGUCGAUCGACAUCGACGUGCUGGAUCCGGCCUUCGCGCCCGGCACGGGCACGCCCGAACCCGGCGGCUGGACGACGCGCGAGCUGAUUCGCAUCCUGAGGGGCAUCGAGGGGCUGAACCUGGUCGGGGCGGACGUGGUGGAGGUCUCGCCCGCGUACCAGAACGCCGGCGAGGAGACGGCGCUGGCGGCGGCGCAGGUCGUGUACGAGGUCCUGAGCUCGAUGGUGAAGAAGGGGCUCGAGGGGAUGGGCAAGGCGGGCAAGGCGGCCGCCGCCGCCAUCGAGGAAGAGAAGGAUGAGUUGUAAAGAAAAGAAAGAAGGGAUCUGGUAUUCUGAGGCUGGGGCUGCUGCGGUGCUUGACGGUCUAGAGAGUGAGGGCAGAGUAUCACGAAGGGAGCCAUGGGGAUUUUGGCGAGGUGUAGGGCUGAGGGGCCGAAAGCAGGGCCGGGCCUGGCGAUACGAAUGUGACGUUUUAACGAAUUUUUUUUUU